UAUCAAUCAAAGAGCAUAAACAAUAUAUUUCUAAGGAGUGAUUGAGAGAAAGAGAAGAGCAGUGUGAUAAUGGAACAAAAGAAAGGCCAAAGAUUGGUGUUAUUCCCAUUACCAUUACAAGGUCAUAUGAACCCAAUGUUAGAACUAGCCAACAUACUCCAUUCAAGAGGCUUCUCCAUCACUUUCAUCCACACGACCUUUAACUCUCUCAACCCUUCAAACUACCCUCACUUCACAUUCCACUCUUUUCCCGAUGGCCUAUCACCAACAGAGGCCUCAACAUCAAAAAAUGACAUCCUUUCUUUUCUUUUGCAUCUCAACACCAAAUGCGUUCAACCCUUUAAGGACUGUUUGGCUACACUACUAUCUCAAGCUGCUUUGGAUGUCAAACCUUAUACUUGCUUGAUCUACGAUGGUCUAUUGAAUUUCACUCAAGCUGUUUCAUGUAGCCUUAAUCUUCCCACGGUCGUUUUAAGAACUGGAGGUGCCUCCUCUUUCGUCGUUUUUGCUGCUUUCCCACUUCUUUGGGAAAAAGGUUACCUUCCAAUACAAGAAUCCCGGCUAGAGGAGCAAGUGAUAGAGUUUCCACCGCUAAAAGUAAAAGACAUACCAACAAUGAAUACUCCGAAUCAAGAGAAAUUUGUUGAAUUCCUAAAAGCUAUCAUCAAUGCAGCUAAGGCCUCGUCUGGAAUCAUUUGGAAUACAUUUGAAGAUCUUGAACAGCCAUCGUUGGAGUCCUUAAAGAACCAACUCAAUAUUCCAAUGUUCCCAAUUGGUCCGUUUCACAAAUACAACUCAACCUCUUCUUCAAGCAGUAGUAGUUUGUUAAUUGAAGACAAAAGCUCAAUCUCAUGGCUGAAUACUCAAGCGCCCAAAUCUGUCAUUUACGUAAGCUUUGGAAGCCUUGCGGUUAUAGGAGAAGCCCAGUUCUUAGAGAUAGCCUGGGGCUUAGCCAAUAGCAAGCAUCCAUUCUUGUGGGUGGUUCGACCUGCAUCGGUCAAUGGUGCGGAGUGGCUUGAGUCGUUACCAAAAGGGUUUGUAGAGGAGUUGGGUGGGCGUGGACACAUAGUGAAAUGGGCGCCACAGAAAGAAGUUUUGGGUCAUGUAGCCGUGGGAGCAUUUUGGACUCAUAAUGGGUGGAAUUCUACGUUGGAGAGUAUUUGUGAGGGAGUACCCAUGAUUUGCAUGCCUUGUUUCUCAGAUCAAAAGGUGAAUGCUGCCUAUGUUAGCCGUGUUUGGAAGGUUGGAAUUCAACUUGAAAAUGGGAAAUUUGAAAGAGGUGAGAUAGAGCAAAGUAUUAGAAAAUUAAUGAAGGAGAAUGAAGGAGAAGAGAUUAGAUGCCGAGCCUUGAAGCUGAAGGACAAGUCAAUCAGUUGCUUAAUACAAGGCGGUUCUUCAUACCAAUCAUUGAACAGCUUGGUCAGCCAUUUACUUUCUUUAGAAUAGUGAUCUAUCUAUUUCCUUGCUAAGAGUAAGAGCCAAUAAUAAAUAAUAUUCAGUGGUUUCAUUGAUAUGAAUAAAAGUGAAGAUCUUUUCGAGUUUAAAAUAUAUAUUAAAAAAUAAUAUGUGACCUUGCGUUGCUAAGAGUCAGUCAUAUAAUAGUGAGAGAGAAAUGGAGACAGUAAUGAAUUGUCCUCUAAUUUCAGGUUAAUUAUUUUAUAAUAGUGAGACAAAUGAAAUGACUUUUAUCAAGUUUGUUUGUUUGUUUUAUUUUAUUGAAUUUUGUAUUUUGUACGAUAAAAA